AUGCAUAAGAGCAAUCAAGAGUUAAGUAAACCUACUAUUGUGGGUGACUUCAAGGUGUAUAAUGUGGGUGGAUCACAAUUUGAGGUACCGAAGAAGUAUACACUUCUUAAGAUACUUGGUAUGGGAGCCUAUGGUAUUGCCUGCAGUUGUCUAAAUGAGGAAACACAAGAUAAAGUGUCCAUUAAAAAAUGCCGUGAUGUCUUUCGAGACUUGGAAGAUGGAAAACGUGUGCUACGAGAGGUAGCCAUGAUGCGUUUUUUUCAUCAUGAGAAUCUUCUGCAUAUAAUAGAUAUUUUACCACCAAUAAAAGAUUUCAAUGAGUUUCGUGAUGUUUAUAUUGUAACGCCUUUAAUGGAUGUGGAUAUGAAUGUGGUGCUUCGCUCACGUCAGGUGUUGGAGGAGACGCAUGUGCGAUACUUUGUGUAUCAAAUCCUGCGUGGAUUGAAGUAUUUACAUAGUGCUGGUGUGGCCCAUCGUGAUUUAAAGCCGGCCAAUCUCGUAACGGAUAUCUCCUGUGAAUUAAAAAUCAUUGACUUUGGUCUAUCCCGCAGUGUAACGGUGCCCCAUCACGAGUUAACGGAUUACGUUAUCACCCGCUGGUACCGUCCACCGGAGUUGCUGCUGGAGAACAGUUACUACAACACCGCGGUGGACAUCUGGUCGGUCGGCUGCAUCAUGGCGGAGAUGUACAACCGCAAGCCGGUGCUGCCCGGGCGGAACACAAUGGACCAACUGCGGCUCAUCUGCACACACAUUGGAAAGCCGCCGCCUGAGAUGGUAGACAACGCGGAGGCGCUAGAGAAGCUGCAGGACCUGCCGGAUGGCACGUUGGAUAUGCGCAAACUCGUGCCGGGACUCACCAACCCGGACGGCGUGGAUUUUCUUACAAAGAUGUGGGAAUUGGAUCCAUGCAAGCGGCCAUCGGCAGCGGAGUUGCUGCGACAUCCAUUUAUGGCGCCGCUGCAUGAUGAGGAGGACGAGCCGGAGUGCCCGUCUGCCUUCACUUGGCCGUAUGAACUGCAGGAGAUGAGCGUGCAGGACCUGCGGUGU